GUCAGUGCUCCACCAUCAUUUCCUCUCUCCUUACUCGCUUUCUGUUUCCUAUGCAUCUUCUUCUCUCUAUAUUUUUUGUCCCACCCAUUCCCCAAAAGUCAGCGCCGUCCUUCGUGUUCACUACUGAUCUCUUUCGUUGCCCCAUUUGCUCAAAGAGCAGCACGAAACUAGAUUGAUUGGUUGUAAUUUCUAGGUAGAUUGGAUGCUCUCUAUGGCUGAGGACUGGGAUCUAUACGCUGUAGUGAGGAGUUGCACGACCUCUGCCACCAACACUGCAGCCACCGCAAACGCCGAAGUAUCUGGUCAAAAUGCCAACUUUGAGAACCAUUUGUGUUGCCUGGCCUCUUUGACUUUCGAAGCUGAUGAACCAUUUUCUUUUCCUGAUCUUGAAAAACCUAGAAACGAUGGAUUGCAAGAAUUGCAAGAUUCUUACAAGGCCUUUCUACCUAUCACCACUGUUCAAGGUAAUAUUCCUACCUCCUCCAUUUCUGAUUUUGGAGGAUUUAUUGGCCAAAAUCAGUCACAACUUGCACAACAGCAGCAGCAACUGCAUCAUCCUCCACCACACGGCAAUAUACCCUUCGGCCUCCGUUUCAAUCAUAGACAACCACAACCCCAACAUGCACGGCAACAGCCAAAUCAACGGCAACAGUUGCACCAGUUGGGUUCUCAAAGGCCUGAGACCAGUCCGUCUUUUCUUCCUUUACGAGCCACUCAAUCAUCGGCCUCGAGAUCAAGGAAGAAAAAGAGUCAUCAGAAGAGGCAGGUGAUGCAUGUAACAGCAGAGAAUCUCUCCAACGAUGUGUGGGCUUGGCGAAAGUACGGACAGAAACCCAUCAAGGGCUCCCCAUAUCCGAGGAACUACUACAGAUGCAGCAGCUCGAAAGGGUGUGCAGCGAGAAAGCAAGUAGAGAGGAGCAAUACAGAUCCAAAUAUGUUCAUCGUGAGCUACACAGGUGAGCAUACCCACCCUCGUCCCACCCACCGAAAUUCACUCGCCGGAAGCACCAGAAACAAAUUUUCGGCCAUACAAAAGCCUGCCAAUAAGGAAUCCGAGGAGCCAAGUGCAGAAAAGGCUCCGUGUUCGUCUCCGCUUUCGGCGACAAGUCUCUCUCCAACAACCCCACUGUCAGCUCCCAUGGACCACGAGACAGCGAAUGAGAACAUCAACACAGAGGCUGCGAAGAUGGAUGGAGCUGACUUGGAGAGCCAUGGAAUGGACAGCGACGGUGAGUAUUAUGAGGACGACGAUGAUAUUCUUAUUCCUAAUAUGACCUUCAACGAAGAUCUAAUUAAAGAUUUGCAAGAACUGGGUACCGUUGGCGAUGGUUCUUUUGGUAUUGGCAGCAACAGCAGUGGCGGCUUAGGUCAAACUCCGGAUUUUGGUGACAACUUCUUCUCUUGGUCCGUCGGUAGCUCAGCCGGCGGUGGCGGUGACUGAUAAAUCUCUCAGAAAGCUCAUAUUUUUAACAAAAAAAAAGUUUACAGCUCCAGUCGUUUGUUAGUACUAUCAUUAUUAUUAAUUUAUAUAUACAGAGAGAGAUUUUUGCAGACAAAUGCAACAGACAAUCAUAGAAACUAUAGAAUUUUGCGUAAAUUUGGUUUGUCGAAUCUGGACCGGUAUAGAUCAUGUACAAAGUGAUAAAACGAAUCUUUUCCUUCUCCAAACUAUGCUUCUGUUUAUCCCUUUAACUUUUUUCUUUGCCACUUUUUCUUAUUUAUGUAUUUUGGUUUUUUCGCCAUUUAGAAAUGCUUGGUUUCAUUUGAACUCUGAAUUUUCUUUUUCCCAGAAGAAAAACAUGUGUAAAAAGUUUCAAAUAAAGAUAU